UCUUUAUCCUAUUGAAUUUUUAAAUACUUUAACACCAAGUGGAACACCUUCUCACAAGUUAGUACUUAAAAAAGAUGCUCCUAUUAUUUUGUUACAUAAUCUAAGUAUAUCUGAAGGAUUAUAUAAUAGUACCAGAUUAAUAGUAAAAAAUUGUCACCAAAAUGUUAUUGAUGCUGAAAUUUUAACUGGAAUUAAUCAAG